CGCGCUCGGCGGCGCCAGCUGGGACGAAUAGCAGCGAGCGCUGUUCUCAGCCCCCCGGCCGUCCCCACAGGUUCCUCCGACCCAGUGCCCGGGGUCAGUGCCCGCCGGCUGCCCGGCCCGCGAGAGAUACCUGCUCUCCAGUGGCGCCAGCCGCGAGAGCACAGAUCACUCGGUGGACUCAGCCGAGGCUCUGUUUGGCAGUACCGUCUGUUUCGGUCUGACCCGUGAAUUCGCGAUCCCCGCCGUGGCCCCGCUGCCCUGGAGCUGAUCCUGUGCCCCUACCCGCGCCUGACCUCUGCUCGCUCCUCACGCUGUUCCUCCGCCGGCAGGCAGGCAGCCAAAGAGGGGGCUCAAAUUUUCUAGACGGCUGGAGCGUCUCAGGGCAUUGCCAGGCGGGCCCGAGCCGCAGCCAAAAUCCCAUUCCUCCCAAAUCAGGAGAGUUAACACUAUGUUCCUGUUGAACGAAGGGAGCGUUUCAUGUAGUCAUGUGACUCAGGACCUGUGGUUUCAGGAAAAUUGCCCUAAACUGUGAGACUGGCUGUAAGCCUGUCCCACUGGUGGCAGGAACCAGUCCAGCCCAGCAACCUCCAGGGAUGAGUCCUUCAUGUGGUCUAGCUGGGGAAUGCUGUGGGUUAAAUCUUCCUGAUCCCCAAUGGGCUGGGCAUUGUGAUGGCCAGGGACUUCAGGCUCUUGGACAUGGGUCCUAUUUGUCCACUCCGCUACAGUCCAUGACAUAUUUUUAUGUAGAUCCUCAUGUCUCUAGACCUUUUGGUUGCAGAAAAAGUCUUUUAGUGCAAAGCAAACUGAGGUGAGCCUAAGUCUGCAGACAGGUGGCUGUAGUACCUCUGCUGCUUUUCAGAGCUGUGUAAGUAGCAAUGACGGUCAGGAAUCCUCUGUGUUGUGCAGCUCUCAGGAAAUGUCCGAGCAGCAGAGACAAGCACUAGAGUUCGUCACAGAGGUUGAGGACAAACUUCCAAACCAGUUAGGACCAGGAGCAGAACUGUGCAGACUCAUCGGCCACCAUCACCACCGCUCUUCAUCACAGCAGCUAAAAGGCCCUACGUUGUGAGGGUGGAACAGAGAGUUCUUUUCAGCGGCCAGGUUGGGGUGAGACACACACAAGUGGGCAUCAAAUAUAUAAGACUUUGUUAGCAGAUACAAAAACUAGAUCCCUCUAGCAGGGCCAAGGACAGCACCCUGGAAGGAGUUACAACGCUCCCCUUUCCCAGCAUCUAGGAGACUGUCCAGUUUGGUCGAUGUACAUAGCAAAAGGGCAUUGCUGGCAUACGAUGGCGUAUAUUACAUUGGUGAACAUGCAGGUGAAUGAACCGGUGAUGGUGUGGCUGAUCUGGUUAGGUCCUGUGAUGGUGUCGCUGGUGUAGAUAUGUGGGCAGAGUUGGCAUCGAGGUUUGUUGCAUGGAUUGGUUCCUGAGCUAGAGUUACUGUGGUGCAGUGUGCAGUUACUGUUGAGAAUAUGUUUCAGGUUGGCUGUGGGCGAGGACUGGCCUGCCACCCAAGGCCUGUGAAAGUGUGGGAUCAUUGUUCAGGAUGGGUUGUAGAUCCCUGAUGAUGCGUUGGAGGGGUUUUAGCUGGGGACUGUAUGUGAUGGCCAGUGGAAUCCUGUUGGUUUCUUUCUUGGAUUUGUCUUGCAGUAGGAGGCUUCUGGGUACAUGUUUGGCUCUGUUGAUCUGUUUCCUUAUUUCCUCGUGCGGGUAUUGUAGUUUUGAGAAUGCUUGGUGGAGAUUUUGUAGGUAUUGGUCUCUGUCUGAGGGGUUAGAGCAGAUGCGGUUGUACCUCAGUGCUUGGCUGUAGACAAUGGAUCGUGUGAUGUGCCCGGGAUGGAAGCUGGAGGCAUGAAGGAUGGAGACAUUCAUAGACACUUAUAUCUCCAAGAUAUCCUAACAAAUGUUACCGAAGUGACCGAAAGAUCCAAGGUGUCAGAAUUCUGUUGUCAUAUUGUUGGGUGCUGCCAGGUCUUUGAUACCUUAGAGGGUUAUGAACACCACUACAACACACUGCACAGGAACAUGUGCUCUUUCUGCAAACGCUCUUUCCCCUCUGUGCAUCUGUUAGAUACUCACAUCCUGGAGUGGCAUGACUCUCUCUUCCAAAUAAUGGCAGAGAAGCAAAAUAUGUAUCAGUGUUUGGUAGAAGGCUGUGCGGAGAAGUUCAAGAGCAGCAAAGACCGAAAAGAUCACUUAGUCAAAGUACAUCUUUAUCCUUCUGAUUUUCGAUUUGAUAAACCAAAAAAAGCUAAAAGCAGCACCAAGCACAGUAAGCCUCCCUCUAAGCUGGAUGUGAGCAUGCCAAUGGAUGUGAAUGUGGAGACUUACGAGCAGUCGCAAGUGGAUUCCAUGGAAAUCUGUCCAAGUGAGAGCGUGGAGAAUCCUACCCAGCCUGUGAGUGGCCCGAUUUCAUCACUGCAGGAGAAAAAGCUCUAUAAAUCCAGAAUCCCAUCAACCAUUUGCUUUGGGCAGGGCGCCAGCCGAGGAUUUAAAAGCAUGAAGAAGAAAGUAUGAAGGUCACUGGAGCAGAGUCACAAGGAAUGACAAGUAAAGACAAGCAGAAAAGGCCUUGCCCCUGAGGUUAAUAAAAGAUACAACUAAUCGUU